CUUCAAUUGGAGGUGCGUUUAGACGACUUUCAAGUUUCAUGUUUGGGCUGGUUACAAAUUGUAAACAGACAAUUGAGUUUUCAUUUUUAUUAGAUUUUUGCCUAUAAAAAGCAUUCCAACAACAUAUGGAGAAACAAGUAAAGUUUUGUCAGGAGAGAGCAUUGCAUGUGGAGAAGAAUUAUGGUGCCUUGUGUCAAACACUUGGUUCUAUCACACGUAAAGUGGCAAAGAUGAGAGAUAAAGGUGAUUUGCUAGCCAAACAGGUGUUAGAAUUUACAGAGAAAGAAAAAGUGAGCGUAUCAACAACAAAGAACCUGAGAGACUUUGCACAUAAUUUAGCAGCUAUACAGGACUACAGAGAUGCUGAGAUACAUAGGUUAGAUAGCAAAGUUGUCAAACCACUCACAGCUUAUGGACCUAAAUGUAAAAAACUAAAGAAAAUAAUCAAGACAGAGCAAAGUGCCAUAAAUAGAGAAAUAAAACAACGAAAAAAUCUCGAGAAAGUUAGAGACAAAAAGCCAGGAGAUGCCCACUCCAUUACUGCGGUAAGUUGUAAUAUUAAGAUGAAGAGUUCUGGUGCUGAGACAGAGCACCAGAAAGCUGCAGCAGACGCCGCUAUAGGAAGUCAGGGCCUACAGAAUCAGAUGUGUGUAUUUGAGAAAGACAAACUUGCAGAUCUCAAGAGAAUUUUGGCUGAUUUUGUCAGUGUGGAGAUGGUGUUUCAUGCUAAAGCAAUAGAAUACUACUCUCAGUGCUUCGAAAAUCUUGCCAUGAUUGAUGAGGAAUUAGAUCUAGAGGAGUUUUCACGGAAGCUGAACCUUACACGAGCGCCAGGGGGUGAUACCUUAGGUUCAUCUUUACCUGUUGGAAUGACAGUGCCACAAGGAACAAUUACCUCCCUUGGUUCUACUGUCAGGUCGACAACGAUGGAAACGACAGGAACUUCUGACUUUACUUCAACUGGUGAAUCAUACACUUACACGUACGGAGAUUCAACAACUUCAAGUGUAGAAAAACGAGUACGCAUUCAAGCUGGAAAUUCUAUGUAUGCUGAUGUUGAAGAUGAUGAUGAUGAUGAAGAUGACGAUGAUGAUGAUGACGACGAUGAUGAUGAUAAUCCACAACUUUAUUCCAGACCAAUGAAGCAAUGAUAGACUAAAGACUGAAGUGCUAACAGGAUUUUCUACAGCAGAUUUGUGAUAGAAUUGUCAAAACUAGUCGCAUACUAAUUUAUUUAUUGUAACAACUAUUUUUACCCAAACAGAUACCGUGAAAUGAUUUAUUUUCGUGGGGGACAAAUUUUCAUGGAUUUUGUCAUAGCAUCAAUCCAUGAAAUUAAGUCAAAAUGUUUUAUUUAUUCUUUGAAAUUUGAAAUCCACACAUUCAUGUCACCAUGAAUUGUCGCUUUAGCCAAAUAUGUUCACGAAAUUAGAUUAUUUCACAGUAGUAAAAAUGAGCAUUUGAAAUGGA